AUGUGUAAUUGUUCUGAUCCUCCAUGGAGAGCUCUAGACCUAAUUGCUUCUUUCUUAGACCCCAAAACCCUAGCUUUAGCUUCAUGUGUCUCAAAAACAUGGCAAGUUUCAAUGUCCUCCGACCACCUUUGGGAACCCCUAUGUCUCUUACACUUCCCGUCUAUCUCAACUCUCCGAACAACCGACCCUUCCAUUUCCUUCCGCCGCCUCUACUCCAUCGGUCACACAUCGGCUAUUCGCCGCCUACGAAUAUUCCCCGAACCUCUUCUUACUCUCAACAAUCUUAUCUUCACCGUCACCGCUCAAGUCACAAAAGCGGAUACUUCAAGAGGAAGUGGAGUUGUUAAUGUGGUUGCAAUGGUGGCGAGAAGGUUGGAACCGACCCUAGAUGGAAUGUUUUGGUUCGACUUGGAAAUUAACGACGGGCCAUGGCUAUCCCGUCGGGCAUUGAACAAGAUAAGACUAACGUGGAACGUGACACUAGAAGGAUAUGGAGUGAUUUUCACAAUGUUAGAUUGCAAAGAGAGUGUAGGACCGGGGAUUGACGGUUGGAUGUCGGAGGAGUUGCCGUCAACGAUGUGUUGUUGUUCGCGGUUAGAUGGGUCGAGCUCGGGAUUGGUGGCGGAAGGGCAGUUGGAGAUGAAGGAGAAAGAUGGGAAAGUGAGGGCUGAGAAGGUUGGAGUGGGGAUAUUGAGUCUUGUAAGUUGGAGAUAUGUGGGAAUUGAAGAUGGGCUUAGGUAUUUGGAGCAUUUCUUGUGUACUUAA